UUCACUUUGAGCGGAGUGAGGACACACAGAGUGGCCAGAGGGAGAGAUAGAGAAGAGCAGGCCAGUGUCUCUCCCGCUUUAUCCAUUAACCAGUUUCGAGGGAGAGAGGAGUGGUUCAAAUUAGGCUGUGCAGGAAGAUUCUAGGUCAGCAGUGAAAGGGUGAAAGGGAAAGAGAUAUAGUAAAAAACAAAAAAACAAAAGCUUACAUAGGAAAAGGCUGCAGCCACUCAGGCUUAAGUGGGAAAAUCCAAAGUGAGAGAGAGCAGGAUGGCGUGAGAGGAUAAAUAAGGCAUUUAUUGGAAAGUACCAAAAGGACUCAAAAGGAAGGAAUUUAUAAGGGAUGUCAACAAGAAGAUUCAAUAUCAUACGGUGAAGGAGAAGAAACAGCAGCGCACUUUGUGUCAAAGACCUCAAGAAAUCACAGAGGAGGAAACUUUGCCUUUCACAGACUGACACAGAAACCCGUGUGCAGAGUGAUUGCCCUCAACAAGAGAAAUGGAGAAGUGUCCAUUCUUAGAAAGAUAAAAAGGAUGUCACUGCCAGUUUUGCUGUUGCUAUCACUCUUGACUGUCCGAUGUGGUGGAUGUGACUUUGACUGGGAAGGUGUGAAAAAUAUUAAAAGGACUAUCGACUCUAAUCCGACUGGAUUUCGGACAGUAUUUCCUAAAGACUACUAUGUAGUGCACCGCUACACAAAACGCAUGCUCUGUGACACUGAUCCGUGUUGUGUGUUCCCUGCUGCAGUCGUCCUUCUGGAGUCCUGGCAUGUGCUUCUCGGAAACCUCUGGGAUGAGCACCUAAAUCACUCCUUAAUCCUCGAUCUAAAGCAGACACUGGGUAAAAUUAUAAAAAAGAACAAAAAUACAGAGAGGUUCCAGGAGGAGACAGAUCUGGCCGAGUUCUCCAGAUUAUCUACCUCUCCAGAAGAACUUCUCAAGCUAACGUCAGAACUUCUCGCUCGAUGGCUCGAGGUCGGGUGCUUACCUUCGAUUGAAACCUGCACCCUGCCCACUUUGCCCCCCUCUGUUGAGAGGAAGGACUUCAGACCGUCGAGGGCCAAACUCUUGACGACCCGACCUAUCAGCAGUGAGGAGGAAGGACAGUCUGGCAAGAUGAUAGAAAUUACGCAGCUUCCGUCCAGCAGUGCUCCUCCAUCCCUUUCAUACUCCGCCUCUGUCUGGAGCCCCUUGCUAUUCAGACUCUACUGGUGGUUGUUGCCAUAGUUACUAAAAGGAUCUUUUUUUGAUGAUGAUGCACACAAAAUGCAAGACAUUUCCUGGCACUGAAUGUUUGUUUUCUUAUAUUUGUACCUUUGUGUUUUAUUGCAGCAAGCUUUGUUAAUAUGAAGUGACAUGCACAGGUUGCAUUUAAUGUCCAAAGUUAGUUCACGUAGCUGUGCAACACCUCGCUCUAACAACUGAUAUCACAGAUAUAAACGUAUAGCCAUCCUCUCUCUCUCUCUCUCUCUCUCUCUCUCUCUCAGCCACAAGCUCCAGCUAGCUAUGCUCUUCAUGCUAACCGAGAUAAAUGCUGAGCAAGCCAAUGCACAUAAGCCAUCGUCUAUUGAUGUGGAAUUCAUCACUGUUUACAAUGAAUGUUAUGUAAAUGUAAGAUAUUACAGUCUAUGGGCGUUUACUUUUGUACAUAAUUGUAAAUUAAAGACAUUUAGAUAUAUAUACAUUGUUAAAUUUUGAUAUAAUCUCCCAAGGAUUGUAAGCUAUAUUUAUUGUGGUCUUUGCUGUUUGUCAUCAGUAAUAGAAAGUAACAAAGUACAUUUAAUCAAGUAAUGUACAAUGUUGAGGUACUUGUACAUACUUUACUGGACUAUUUUCAAUUUAUGCUACUUUAUACUUCUACUACUCUACAUUUCAAAGGGAAAUAUUGUACUUUUUACACCACUACAUUUAUCUGACAGCUAAAGUUAAUGGUUACUUUACAGAUAUGAUGCAGUGCUAUAAAGGUUUUUUAAGUUAGCUCCACCAACAUUAAAAUGCAGACACAUUAAUGUAUCAACAAUACCAACAUAAUAAUUGUGUUAAAGAGCAUUUUUCUGCAUUAUAUUCUUUUACUUUUGAAUCUUUAAUAUAUUUUACAAACCAUGCUUGCAUAUAUACUUUACUUCAGUGUAAUUUUGAAUACAGACUUUAUUUGUAACAGA